AAUUUUUGGUUGGAUAAAUUUGAGUAAUGUUGAUGUUUGUUGAUGUUUGUUUAUGUAACAGUUAAAUCUUGAUUGGUAUGUAAGUAGUAGGGAUCGUAAUAAUGUUGAACUGCGUAUUGCGUUGGGUAUUGAUGACAUUGGGUUGUCUAAAGGUGAAGAAUCAAAGGGAAAUGCAUCAAUGAUUCAGGAAUCAGAUGAGGAAAGCACAUACACUUGCACGUGGCUACAAGAUGCUGAUGUGAUAUUGAAGAAGACCAAUUCUGAAAUAGCGUCUUUGCAUCGUCAGAUUUCAAGGCUAACGAAGGAGGUAAUGAACCUUCGUCAAUUUCCAAUGCAAAACAAAGAAGGUAGAUUCGGUGAACCUGGAGAAGGAGUUGGUGCAGGUGACGAAGAUGUCGAUGUUGGAGAUGAUGACCACCCUUUAGGGGAAGAAGUACCAGCAGGUGGGGAUGAAGAAGCAACUGGUACACAUAACGAAGCCGGAACCUCCGAGCAUCGUCAGGAAUUUAUUGAUGUCGUUGAUGAAGAAGACGAUGUUCCAGAAGGAUUGGUACCCCAGGUAGUUGUCCCUCUGCGUAGUUAUGCUGGUUAUCCUAGUGUCUCCGAUGUCGAUGUUGAUCGUUUGUACCAUGCAGUUUGUAAUUGGGACAAUAAGAGAAGAAUUAGAGUUGUGUGUGAGAUCAUGGGGGCGUUCUUGGACACAAAUUCUAUGCGGACUUUAGCACCGCGUAAAUAUGUUGAUAACUUGGUAAGUUUUAUGUUACAUUUGUUAAUGGUUAGUUAUGUUGUUUUUUUGUUGAUUGAAGGUUGUGCCAUGUUUUAUUUUGUAGGUGGUGUUAUUUGCUACAACGAUGUUGUUGUAAAACCAGAGAAAGUUGAGUGGUGUAGUGAAGAGGCUAAUAUUCAAUUCCAUAUAUGCGGUACAUAUGAAUUUAUUUCAUAUGAUUAGCUUUGUAGAAAUAUUGUGCAUAGGCUGAAUGCAUUAGUAAUUGUUCAUAGGGCCAUAUUAUCGCUGACUUUGGAAGACGACGUCCGGAAUAUCGAAACGAGUACUCCCUUAGUAGUUACACGUCGUAUAUGAGGUCCGAUAUAUUUGGUCUUGCAGACAUUCCGAAUGUUGACUUUGUGAGUUAGUUAGUUUAUUGUGUAAUUGUAAUGUUUCGCAAAUGUCGAGUCUUGAAGCAUUGACAUGUUUGUUUUGUUUGGUUAUAGCUGUUUAUGCCCUUUCUACAUGAUCAACACUGGUGGUGCUAUGCAGUCAAAAUUAGCACAUUGGAACUAUAUGUGAUUGACUCAAUGGGGAAGGGUGUAAGAAAUAGGAAAAAAAUUGACGCAUUUGUGGUAUGAUUUGAUAUUUCAUUUUGUGGAUCAAUUUUGGUGAUAUGAUUUAAUGAUGUGUAAUGUACGUGUUAAUGAUUUAUUCUUUUAGGGUGAAAACAUGGGGAAAUUCUUUGAGAUGUUGUACAAUAGACCGGAGGGGAGUUUAGGUCCAUUGUGCGUUAAAGAUGCAAAUAUCCCACCCCAGCCGAACUUGUAUGAUUGUGGUGUGAUGAUGUUAAAAUGCAUUGAACUUUGGGAUGGAGAGAAUAGAUACAAUGGCAAGAACAUGCCGGAGUACAGUAAUGCAGAGUUGAGUGAAAUUAGGAAGAAUUAUGUCAAAUACUGGAUCCUCGACAACGACAACAUGAGAAUAUUUGAUGCCUUAGACGAAUAUGGGUUGUUGUAGGAUUUGUAUUGAUGGGUUGAUGAAUAUGUAUUGAUGAAUAAUUCGUACAUUUGAACUGUAUUUAGACAAACAGUGUCAUAGGCAUUCAUGUUCUAUUGUAAUAAGUUUUGAUUGUUACAGACAAUGAUGUACGUGUAGCAAUUCCAAUUUGAAUUCCAUAUGAUUU